CCCAAUCUCUUAUCAGAGUCCACCAAGGAAUCGGAUUCCAUCCUUCAUCUGUUCAUUCAGUUCCCUCCUGACUCCAAAACUUUCCCACCUUUCACUCCUCCUUCUGCGGAAAACUCAAUCGCCUCAGAAGAAUCAGGAAUCCAUCAUUCACAAUGGCGAGAGAAGUUGACGGUGUCAAAUACAACGAGGAAUUCAUUCUGAACUCAAGAGGGUCGAAGCUGUUCACGUGCAAGUGGGUUCCAGCGAAUGAAGAGCCGAAAGCUCUCAUCUUCCUCUGCCACGGCUAUGCCAUGGAGUGCAGCAUCACCAUGGACAGCACGGCGAUGCGGCUGGCGAAACAAGGAUACGGAGUCUACGGGAUAGACUACGAAGGACACGGGAAAUCUUCAGGAUUGCAAGGCUACAUCCAGAACCUCGAUUCUGUGGUUCAGGAUUGCGCCCAGCAUUUCAGAAACAUAAGCGAAACAGAGGAUAAGAGAGGGAAGAAGAGGUAUCUGAUGGGAGAGUCCUUGGGAGGGGCAGUGACGUUGCUGCUGCAUAGGACAAUGCCUAAUUUCUGGGACGGUGCCAUCUUGGUGGCUCCAAUGUGUAAGAUAGCAGAUGACGUGAAGCCGCCUGCGUUUGUGAUCAGCGCUUUGACGAAACUGAGCUACGUGAUCCCAACUUGGCGGAUCGUGCCGACGAAGGACAUUAUCGACACUGCCUUCAAAGUGCCGGAGAUCAGAAAGCAGAUCAGAGAGAACCCAUACUGCUACAAGGGCCGCCCACGCUUGAAAACUGCUUUCGAGCUCCUCAGAACCAGCAUGGACAUCGAGCAACGCCUUCACGAGGUGACGAUGCCGUUCAUUCUUCUUCACGGCGAAGACGAUAGGGUGACCGAUAAAUCCGUCAGCAAACAGUUGUUCGACGUGUCGUCGACCAAGGACAAGACGAUCAAGUUGUACGAUGGGAUGUGGCACGGCCUUCUCUACGGGGAGACGCCGGAGAACAUUGAGCUAGUGUUCAACGACAUUACGUCGUGGCUCGAUGAGAGGAGCGGCGGCGGCAGCGCUUUGGGCUCGAGGUCUGAAAUGGAGCAAAAGUUUAGGAAUGAUAAGUUAUCCGGCCACUACCUGUCGUCCAAAUGAUAAUGGGGACAGUACAAACUCGACGACCACUUUCGUCAUUUGAUUGAUUUGCCGCUAGCUUAACGAAUGUAUGCAUAUAUGGGACUUAUUUGUAAGAAUAAGGAAACUGAUUACGGUGAAGAAGAUCCUGUUAUACAGAGCUUAAUAAUUACAUGCAUGGAUGCUUGUUCACCUGCUGCGUGAUGGAGAAGAGUGUCUAUUACCCAAAGGGGGAAUGUAAGUUGUGCAGGAGGGGGAUUACCAUUGUCUGUAUUCAGUGACAUGUGAAAUAAAAUUGUAUUCUUUUUUUUACAUUGCGGACGAGAGUAACUUUUGUAUGUGAUAAAAUUCCGUUUUAAUUUUAUGAAUUGGCUUAAAUGAAAAGAAGAG